CGCGUCCGUUUUGCCAAUGAAACCUGAAUGAAACGCUGGCAUCACAGGCUGCGAUUUGAUCAAAUAGUUGUAGUUCCAGUGUACAUAGUGGCAAGUGCUCUAGAUGUUUUGGCACCCGGCGGCGGGUUCAAACUUCAGGCGCUUACCUUUUCCCAACUUGGAAAGGCCAUCAUAAUUUGUUGAUCCUUUCUCCCAAUUUCCUCGUUCCGCUUGCUGCAAUCCCUUCACGUCCCCUAAAUGCUCAUCUAACGAUUAUUGCCUUCCUCUGAUUUACUGACCUUUCGUGCUCAUAUUGAACCUUUUUACAUUUUGGAUUAUCCGCAGUUGGUUGGGUCGGGUAUUUUAUUAGGCAGUGCGUUUGCAAAGUGAUACUCGUCGUCAAUCCACAGAAAUGUCGACAACGAACGAUACGACAAGUUCUUCCGAUAAUGUACACACUACUCCGACAUCCACAACCACGACUUCGCUUUCACCGACAUGGGCACCUCCGAAGGCACCAUUACCACCUCAUCGACUUGCAAAGCUAGCAAAUGCACUGGGUGUAUCGACUCCGAUUCCAGUUCACCACAGAAAAAACAGGGCAGAUAGAGCACCCAGUCCAUAUUUGGUUCCGUCGCCAGCUUUCUCAGCUCUUUCGCUAAAUACGCCGGAUGCAUACGCUUCGAUACGUGAAACUUAUGGCUCCCUCAGACGAUCUCCUACUCCUUCCUCUGCAGGCAGCAUUGUGAAUGCUGGGAGCUCUUAUACCUUCACUUCAAAAUUCCUUCUCCACGUGAUUCCCCCUGUUUACCUUCCGCACGACUCCCAAUUGAAGGACAAUGUCCCUUCUGGGUCAGGCUACCAUUCCCAGUUCCGAAGAGGUACUCUGGUCGCAGUACAUCCGACGCUUCAGGCCCAGCUAUGGGCUAUCGCAAAAGAGUACGCUUUACCCAGUAUAACGGGUAUCGUUUUGUACAUUGUGAACACUUCUCAGCCUGCUCAGGAUCAAACGACACCGACGGGCGCGGAAGACGAAGGAGUAGAUGAGCCUGGUCCCAGAUUAUCCGAAGAAAUUUGGAGGCACUUAUGGACAAGGGUGUGGAAGGCUGAGCGCGAGGAGUUGCCCCCAGUAUUAGCUCCUUUCGGAUUACCGGGUCCAGUAACCUCUCCGCCUUUACUCGCAAUCGACACGGGAACGCCAGUGUCUCCGCUAAGGCCGUUCCUGUCAACUGCGGGCACCAACUCCGAAACUGCUCUGAGCCAAUUGGGGUCGUAUCCUUCCCCGUCAACGCCGUCUAGCGCAUCUACCCUUGCCUUCGCUAGGUCCCUCCGCUCUCGCUCGCCGACAUCCGAAGGUCCUGACACUGACACUCCCCCUACCUCUCAUUCCAAUUCUCUCGAUAGCACCGAUGUUGACACUAAUCUUCUCCGCGCCAACUCGCUUCCGUUACCGGGGCUCAACUCUCCUUCACUAAUGCCAAUUCUUGCGAAAGUGGAGUUCGAUAUAGAUAGGAAGAAAGCGGGCUGGUACGAACCAUGGGCCAAACGGCGGAGGGUGAAGAAGAAAAAGAAGGCAAAAUCUGAUGUACUUGCUAACGAUCCUCCAAAGCGUCUGAAAUUGGCUGGAAGCGCGCGAACGGACAGUCCAGGAUCGGCAUUUUCGUGGACAGAUCAAGGUGCUCUAGAUCAACUCUCCGACGAUGAACAAGAAGACGACGAUGAUGACAUUGGAGACGAAGAUGAGACCGCUAGAGUUCUAUCAACUUCUGGUCCCGUAGGUUCUCGGUCACGAAAAAAUUUGCAUGAUUUGUCACUUGAUGACGACGACAGCGAGUCUGACGAUGAUGGUGUUGAACAGGGCGAGCUCACUAGGGGUGCGGAGGAGAUAUCUGAAAUCAUGGCGCAAAUGGGACAAAAACCGUCUCGUUCCAAUUCUCUGUCAAGAAAGCGCAUUCCGCCUCCCUUAGUCCUUCAUCCUGCCGGUGGUGCCGCCAGUAAAGAGCUCAAAGUCCCUAGUCCUCUCAACUCAGCAACUUUUACCCCCCCAGGUAGCAGUAGUAGUAGCGGAAGCACAAGUCUGCCUUAUCUGAAAGGUGUUUCACCUAAUGAUGGUAGGGAAAGAUACAUGAACCAUCCCGAAGGUUCAGACUUUUCUGAAUUGUUGGACGACGAGGUUGAGAGAUACAGAACGAAGAGCCCAAUGGAAACCGAGAAGAGAACCGGUGGCGUUUAUGAUGAUUUUGAUCUGGAUUUAGGAGAGCUCGAUGACGACGACCCCCAUGACCGGAGGAGAAGUCAAAUUAUCUUCAAAGCCAAACUGGAUGAAAUCGAACGGAAUCUCGCUCAACUUUCACCUCGAGCUCUCAAAUCCGACCUUGAAGAUGACCAAUUUUCAUCCAGUGCUCGUCUUUCCUCACCUGGUUCUCCGUUCUUGGGCAUUCCCGCUGGUAGACAAGGCACCCCAGCCUUAAUGAACUCUGAUAUCUUACCUCCAACCCCAAACACAGUCAACUUCAACGAGAGUCCUACCAGACCCAGAAGAGGUUCCAAUGCCACUUCUACUUCUCCCGCUCGUGCGCAGUGGCCGGCUGUCCCAUACUCUGUUUUGACUGAAGAAGAGGAGGAUACACCUGGACCUAUCCGGAGGUCUCGUGCCGAAUCCACUAGCGUUUCCCCUCCACGGCUUGCCAUUAAUGGUGUAUCAACAUUUGCCCCUAAUGCAUUUAAACGUCAGGACUCGCUCAGUGGGUCCUCAGACAUUUCCGCUGAGACCAUGAAAAGGCGUAGAGAGGCUGAGGAAGAACAAAACCUUUACCCCGCUUUAAACUCACUUUCCAAUGUUGAAACCAGUUCGCAAAAUAGCUCUCCGAUCAUCCCUUUGUCGCCAGAUCCUUUCGGUAGAUUCUCCUCCACGCCUGAACCGCCUGAGGGAACCCGUCACAGUGUCAAAGUUUGGGACAAAGUGCCCUUUGGCGGGUCAGUCGAACAACUGAUCCAAAACAGUAAACAGAGACGAACAACGUCGAUAUCUGGGACUGGUGUCACGGAGGCACCUUCACGAAAUAGCGAAGCUUCGAGUCGCUUUUCGGCUGAUUCGACCAAAGAUAACAUCGAAGUUCCUGCGUCGAUAGCCAAGAAUUUGUCAGGAUCAUCCACAGGGGGCAAGGACAGCGUUAAAGAAAAGACAGGGAAUAGAACAACUGUGAUGAGCAUGAAAGGUAUCAAGAAGCUAUGGAGGAAGUCUAACAAGACCUCAGUCUCCAUGGCUGUUCCCCCUACACCCAUCCCAGAAUCUCCUAUGUUUCCACCGGGACACCCAACCGAUGAGCCUCUCAAGUCCCCACCCAUAUCGACACUCCCUUCAACUCGUGCUCCUUCUCCUCAGUCCCUCCAGAACUUACCCCAGUCCUCCUCUGUUCCUAUCAGGCCCUCCAGACCAUCAAAGGAGGAGCUCGACAUUCCUGAUAUCCCUGAUCAACUAGCGAUUCCUUUGCAGCCUGAAAAUGGUAGACCUGCGCCGAUGCCCAUUAUAGCUGCACAAAUGCAGGUUGGAUUGCGUUUGAGAUCGUCAACCAAUGGAGAUCGUAUGCAGUUUGACCAGGAAAGCCCGUAUCCUAUGCCCGCUAGGAGGCCUCAGCAGAGGAAGAUGAGCGUGAGUACAAAUAGUGUUCACUCAGCUCCCCAGCUUCCUAGCAGAACACCGUCUCCGACUAGCUCCACCGGGGGUUCAAUAGGUGCUGCAGCAGGUGCUUCUAUGAUGGGAGAAAACAGACAAGCAAACGUCAGGAAAUCGAUCCUGAAAUGGAAAGCUGCUGCAGCUGCACACCAGAACAAUGAACAGACAAAUUCUAACAGUGAUUCCCGUAGCAACCCUGAACGUAUUGCUUCCAAUAGCACAGUCCGACCACGGGCACCGAGUCUUAACAAUGGGUCACAUCGAUCCUCGGUCAGCACUUCCGAAAUUCCGCCCAGUCCCAAAAUUCCUGAACACUUUCUGUCCUCUCGAGCACCUCCCGAACACUUGCGCACGGGAUCUCAUUUAACAAAUUCCUCAACGGAUUCGAGACUAACGAACACGACAGAUCUUUCAUCCUUCCAAUCGCUGAAUAGUCCCUCGUCCUCGCAGACAUCGCAUGGCUCUCCUCCGUCCAAGCUAAAGACUGAUUUGAAUCGAAAUUCUAGCCUAGAUUCAUCUGCGAAAUUGAGCAUGGACUCCAGCGGACUUCGGAAAAUGAGUUUUGACUCCCAAUCUGACAGGCGGACGACGGAUGAUGAUGACGCGUACUCGGACACCCAUCCAAGUAUAGACUCGUCGCAGUUCGAGAUGGUGUCUCCGAAGAUGGAGGUUGGCACGUUAACAUAUCCUUAUACAACAGUGGGGAUGCACCAAUGAUAACCCGUGGACUGAUCACUGCAUUUCGAACCUGAUCCUGCGCAUAGCUCACUUCUUUUUCCGGGACCACGGGUUAUCCACUCAGGACCUCUCAUGGAUUUUUUUUCAAAAUCUACCAUCAACUUAGCAUCUGUAAAUUAUCUUUUUGGUUCCGUUCUUCGUAUCAACAUUCUAUUU